AUGGCAUCUGUAACUUCUAUUGUCGAUUUGAAACCGUUCAAAACCAGCUGGACGAUCAAGGUGAAGGUUAUUCGAUUGUGGAAACAAACAACUGGUGGUGGUGGUGAGACCAUUGAUAUGGUUCUGUGCGAUGUUAAGGGAAAUAAAAUUCAUGCUUCAGUGAAGAAGGAGUUGGUGGCUAAAUACGAUCCCUUCCUGAAAGAAGGACACUCAAACAUGUUCAUCAAUUUCUCCUUGGUGCAUUCUGUUGGUUCGUAUAGAACAACAACGCAUCCUUACCGGAUUAGUUUCCUAUCCAAAACCCGUGUCCUACCCAGUGAACAACUGCCGGGGGAUCUUUGCGGAUUCCAACCCGUGAAGUACAACGAAGUGCUUGACGGGAGUCUAAAUCCGGAUUAUUUAAUUGAUAUAAUCGGCCAUAUUGUUAAGGUUAGUCACAUUGAACAUGUUAAUGUCAAUGGACAGGAGACAGAGAAACUCUGUGUGGAAUUGCGAAACUCCGAAGAUGGCACUAAUCAACGGCCAGUUCAAGUGGGGCAAAAGAGAAAAUUGAGUCGAAGGGACUCCAUAUGUGUAUCCCCGGGCGUUGAUAAUGCGAAUCAGAACAGCAGAGGGACGGAUUUGGAUUGUCCAGUCAAGAAAAAGUCGAAAGGGCAAGAGAUAAUGAAACCAGAUACUCUGCUUAACGUAUCUAAAAAUAACAGCGUAACCAUAUCUCAGCCUGUAAAGGAUCCAGAUUUUAUAACUUGGUCUUCUACAUUGUCAUCGAUACGAAGACAUGAUACUGGUUUAGUUAUCGACUGUGAUCCUACCCAGCCUUUAGAUAAGUCAUUCGCACCCGAAGUUGAUGUAAGUUGUCAGACAGCCCCGGAGGUGGAAACUUUUACUACAGUAGAUGAGAGUGAUGAAGAAGAUUCGGGUGAUGAGUACUGGGACUGUUCUAGCAAUGAUGCAGAUGAUUUGAACUCUGAUUCAGACAUUGACGAAAAUGGUACUCUCGCCCAGAGGCAGCAACGUCAGUUAUAUAUUAACAAGGUGUCCGAAUGUUUUUCAAAUUCAUUUGGGGGGAAUACCCAGAGUAAUGCCAUAACUUCAGUGUCUGGACCGCCUACCAGAAAAGAAGAAGAGUAUAAAGAUGACGGAGAUUUGACCAACAAAUGUGCAUACUGUGGAGCGCUAUUUUGGUUUAACGAACGAAUAGGGAAGGGCAGGAAGACAAGAAAUCCAGUAUUCACCAUGUGUUGUAUGAGAGGCAAAAUAAAGCUUCCUGUUCUUAAAGAACCACCGGAACUGCUUUUAAGGCUGCUUACUAAUGAUGAUGUUAUCAGCAAACAUUAUCGGGACAAUAUAAGACCCUUAAACAUGAUGUUUUCCUUUACAUCACUAGGAGGGAAAAUAGAUAAUUCUAUUAACACGGGAAAGGGUCCAAAAGUUUUUAAGAUGCAUGGGGAGAAUUAUCAUUUAAUUGGAAGUGUGAAGCCAAAACCUAACGAGACGGCAAAGUUUUCUCAGUUAUAUAUCCAUGAUACAGAGAAUGAAGUUCAAAAUCGAUUGUCUGCAUUGAGUGGGAACAAAGAGAAAAGCAAAAUUAGGGCGGAUCUGGUAAAGGAAAUUAUGGAAAUGUUGAGGGCAUGCAAUGUUCAUGUGAAGUCUUUUCGGAAUGUUAUGGAUAGAUUUAAUGACGCAGACGAUACGGAAACACUGUCUUUGGUCUUGCUCCAUACGCGUUUACAAGAUGGACGUGUUACCAAUCUACCCACAGCUUCGGAAGUAGCUGCGUUGGUUGUUGGUGAUUUUCGGGAGAAUAUGGACAAGCGUGAUAUUAUUCUAGAGAAAACGUCUGGGAAACUUAAGAGGAUAAAUGAGUUGCAUCCUUGCUAUCUACCUAUGCAAUAUCCUCUUAUUUUCCCUUACGGUGAGGACGGUUUUCGUCUAGGAAUAAAAAAUGGUUUCACAGGAAUAACUAAAAACAAGAAACCUAAUAUAAGCAUGAGGGAAUUUUUUUCCUAUCGGAUUAUGAUUCGCAAAGUUGGAUCGCAUGUUCUUCUUCUCAGCCGACGUCUACUGCAACAAUUUCUGGUUGAUGCAUAUACUAUGAUUGAAAGCCACCGUCUUCGAUUCAUCAGAAAAAACCAGGCAAAACUAAGGACGCUAAAGUUCAGUAAGUUUGUUGCUGCUGCAAAUGAGGGUCAUUCGAAUGUGUCUAUUGAGGGAAACCGCAUUAUCUUACCAGCUUCUUUCACUGGGGGUCCUCGAUAUAUGCAUCAAAUGUAUUUAGAUGCCAUGACGAUUUGCAAAUACUUUGGAUUUCCCUCUCUAUUUAUUACAUUCACGUGUAAUCCAAAAUGGCCUGAGCUGGAAAGGUAUAUGCAGAAGUUUAAUCUAAAGGCUGAGGACAGACCCGAACUGUGUUGUCGACUCUUCAAGAUUAAGUUGGAUAGGUUAAUGGACGAUCUUACAAAGAAAUAUCUGCUUGGGAAAACUGUUGCUGCAAUCUACACAGUCGAGUUUCAAAAACGAGGCCUUCCACAUGCGCAUAUUCUGCUAUUUAUGGAUGCGUUGCACAAGCUACCGGGAGCGGAAGAUAUAGAUCGUAUAAUUUCUGCUGAAAUCCCUGAUAAAGAGUCUGAACCGAGAUUAUAUGAAGUUGUGAAAAACAUGAUGAUUCAUGGGCCAUGUGGUGUUGUGAACAGAGGAUCUCCAUGUAUGGUAGAUGGACGAUGUAGCAAGUUUUUUCCAUGGAAUUUUGUAGAGACAACGACAGUAGAUGCUCAAGGGUACCCCGUGUAUCGAAGAAGGGACAAUGGAGCUUUCAUUGAGAAGAAGGGAAUUAAAUGUGACAACAGGUUUGUAGUCCCCUAUAACAAGGAACUCUUACUUAGCUACAAUGCACACAUCAACGUGGAGUGGUGUAAUCAGUCAAGAUCUAUAAAAUAUUUAUUUAAGUACAUCAACAAGGGCCAAGAUCGUGUCACCGCAACAAUAACUCAAAAAUCGACAACUGAGUCUGCAGCUGAAGGGAAUACUGAUGCAUCUGGGGUCACAGCAGCCUCUGUCACUACGAACGCCUCAGAAAACGUUGAACCACAAGUUGAUGAAAUUAAAAAGUACUUUGAGGCCAGGUAUAUUUCUUCUUGCGAAGCAACGUGGAGAAUACUGGCUUUUCCAACGCAUUACCGAUCUACACCCGUGGAGAAGCUUACAUUCCAUUUAGAAGGCGAACAACCGGUUAUAUACAGGGAGGGUGAUACGGUUUCAAGUGUUAUGGAACGCAGUUUUUUAUGCAAGACAAUGUUCUUAGCUUGGUUUGAAUGUUGUAUCAAGUACCCCGAGGCGAGAGAACUGACAUAUGCGCAAAUGCCAACAAGAUUUGUUUACGACGCAAAACAGAAAGAAUGGAACCCACGGAAGAAAGGUUUUGCGAUAGGUAGAUUGGCGCCGGUAUCCCCAGGUUCAGGUCCGCAAUAUUAUCUAAGGGUUUUGAUAAAUAAGGUAAAAGGCCCAACGUGCUAUGCAGAUAUCAGAACUGUCAAUGGUGUUAUUCACCCGAGUUAUGAGGAUGCAUGUUUCGACCUUGGACUUUUGGAUGAUGACAAAGAAUAUAUUGAAGGUUUGAAAGAGUGUAGUUUCUGGGCAUCAAGUGGAUAUGCGCGCAAACUGUUUGCUAAGAUGUUGAUAUCGGAUAGUUUGUCUAUGCCUAAAUUAGUUUGGGAAGAAACUAAAGAUAUUUUGUCUGAAGAUGUGCUUUAUAUGGAGCGAAAAAAACGACGUAAUCCAGGUCUGAUUUUGACCGAAGAAGAGAUUCUUAAUUCAACUUUGAUUAUGAUUGAAACUAUUCUACGUCAGAAGAAUACUUCUUUGGAUAAAUGGACAACAAUGCCAAAGCCAGUGUAUAACUGUAAUUCCCUCUGCGAGAAUCAGUUGUUACAGGAUGAGCUCAACUAUCCAAGAGAUGAGUUGCGUGUUAAACACGCUGAAUGGCUUCCGCAGAUGACAGAUGAGCAAAGAUCAGUGUACGAGGAGAUAAUAUCUGCAGUUAUAAACAAAAAAGGUGGAGUUUUUUUUGUUUAUGGAUUUGGAGGAACAGGAAAAACAUUCAUGUGGAAUAUUUUGUCAGCUGCUAUACGAUCUAAAGGUGAUGUUGUACUUAAUGUGGCAUCCAGCGGCAUUGCCUCUUUACUACUACCUGGUGGGAGAACAGCUCAUUCACGGUUCGGAAUUCCUAUCAAUCCAGAUGAAUCCUCCACUUGCAAUAUUCAACCAGGCAGUGAUCAAGCCGAGGUAAUAGAAAAAUCUUCUUUAAUUAUAUGGGAUGAGGCACCUAUGAUGAGUAGACACUGCUUUGAAGCACUAGAUCGGAGUUUGGGUUAUAUUAUGAAGACUGCAGAUGGAACACCUUAUGGCGGAAAAGUUGUCGUUUUUGGAGGGGACUUCAGACAGAUAUUACCAGUUAUUCCAAGGGGAAAUAGGGCGGACAUUGUAAUGGCGACGCUUAAUUAUUCAUACUUGUGGAAGCAUUGCAAAGUUCUUCAACUGUCAAAAAAUAUGAGGUUGUUAGCAGAAACAAAUAUUCGCGAAGCUGAAGAGAUUAAAGAAUUCUCAGACUGGAUAUUGGCUUUGGGAGAUGGAAGAAUCAAUGAACCAAAUAGUGGAGAAGUUCUGAUUGAUAUUCCGAAAGAUCUAUUGAUUAAAGAGGCUAAUGAUCCAAUUCGUGCUAUUGUUUCAGAAGUAUAUGGAAACACUUUCAAAGAUUCUAGAGAUCCAAUAUUCUUUCAAGAAAGAGCUAUUUUGUGUCCAACAAAUGCAGAUGUUGAGGUGAUAAACAACUACAUGCUUGAUCAGCUAACAGGUGAGGAGAAGAUAUACUUAAGUUCUGACAGUAUCGAUCCAACUGAUACGAAAUCGCAAGAUGAUUCUAUUUUCUCUCCGGAAUUCCUCAAUAGUAUAAAAACUUCAGGGUUACCAAACCAUACUCUUAGACUGAGAGUUGGAACCCCUGUUAUGAUAUUAAGAAAUAUCGAUCCGGAAGAGGGUUUGUGCAAUGGAACGCGUUUACAGAUAACCCAGCUGGCAAAUCAUAUUCUACAGGCGAAAGUGAUUACAGGAACUAGAGUCGGUGAGAUCGUAUGGUUACAUCGAAUGUUAAUUACGCCAUCUGAUACAAAGCUUCCAUUUAAAAUGCGGCGUAGGCAAUUCCCAUUAAAGGUUGCGUUUGCGAUGACAAUCAACAAGAGCCAGGGUCAAACAUUAUCAAACGUAGGGUUGUAUCUACCCAAAUCGGUGUUUUCCCAUGGACAGUUGUAUGUCGCUGUGUCUCGGGUGAAGUCAAGGAAAGGAUUAAAGAUUCUGAUAACCGACAAGGAUGGAAAACAGGAGAAUAGUACCAUGAAUGUUGUCUAUAAAGAAGUUUUCCAGAAUUUGUUUGACAAUGAGCAAUGA